UGGAACAAGAGACAUUAAUAGGGAGGGAGAAGAAACGAGUAUAAAUAGAGAGAGUGGUUGUUUGAAUCGUGCUACACUUUCCGUUUGUUACUUCCGUUUUUAGAGAAAGAGACACGAAUGAAUGCUUGGCUAAUUGGCUUUACAACACGAAGAACAGCUGGCUCAUUGUUCUUCUUCUUGCAGUUCUAUGCAAUUUCGUGACUAUUACCUAAUGCAUUGUUGAAAUUUCCCUUGAUAGGAUUAAGAUUAUAGAACGGUAUAUAGAUGAGUUUAGCCGGUACAGAAAGCUCAGAAGAAGGUCCAGUGCAUCAGGAGCCACCUGAUCCUGAUGUUCUUGAGAUUGAUCCAACUAGUCGCUACAUUAAGUAUAAAGAAGUGAUCGGCAAAGGAGCCUUCAAAACAGUUUACAAGGCAUUUGAUGAAGUCAAUGGGAUUGAAGUUGCUUGGAGCCAGGUUCAGAUUGAUGAGGUGUUACAGUCGCCGGGCGACUUGGAGAGGCUGUACUCGGAAGUGCAUCUCUUGAAAUCACUGAGGCACAAUAAUGUAAUCAGAUUCUACAAUUCCUGGAUUGAUGACAAGCGCAAGACCGUUAAUAUGAUUACCGAGUUGUUUACCUCGGGUAGCCUCAAACAGUAUCGUAAGAAACACAAGAAGGUUGACAUGAAGGCUGUUAAAGGAUGGGCAAGGCAGAUUUUAACUGGUUUGAGCUAUCUCCAUAGCCACAACCCACCAAUUAUACAUAGGGACCUGAAAUGUGAUAAUAUAUUUAUCAACGGCCACCAAGGAGAAGUUAAGAUCGGAGAUUUGGGGCUUGCGACUUUCUUGGAACGGGCUAAUGCCAAGAGUGUAAUUGGAACCCCGGAGUUUAUGGCACCUGAGUUGUAUGAUGAAAGUUACAAUGAAUUAGCCGACAUAUAUUCAUUUGGUAUGUGCAUGCUUGAGUUAGUGACUUCUGAGUAUCCUUACAGUGAAUGUAGAAACUCAGCACAGAUAUACAAGAAAGUUUCAUCUGGAAUAAAACCGGUUGCUCUUACUAAAGUGAUGGAUCCAGAAAUGAAAUCAUUUAUUGAAAAAUGUAUUGUUCCAGCAUCUCAAAGAAUGUCUGCACAAGAGCUUCUAAUGGACCCUUUUCUCCAAGUGAGCGGUUCAACAAAGAAUUUUCCUUUUCCAUUGCCAGAUAUCGUUCUCCCCAAAUUGGGAGCCUUUGAGAGUCGAUGUAUGAUGUCAGAAGGUCCUGCCAGUGCACGUAAUGUCGACGCCGGUGACACCAAUGAGCUACCAGUGAUCACUAUAUCUGAUAAUUCUACUGAUGGUACAUUGGGUUCUCCAUGUGUUGAGAUGAGAAGGUUGAAGGGAGGAAACAUCUUCUUUUUCAAAGGUGAAAAAAGUGACGAGAACUCCGUUUCUUUGGUUUUGCGGAUAGCAGAUCAGACUGGACGAGCGAGAAAUAUCCAUUUCAUAUUCUACCUUGACAGUGAUACUGCUGUUUCAGUUUCAAGUGAAAUGGUUGAGCAACUUGAACUUGCUAAUCAAAAUGUUAAGUUCAUUGCUGAAUCAAUUGAUGUGUUAUUGAAGAAUUUGCUUCCAGAUUGGAAGCCUUGUGUAGCAAUUGAUCAUCUGGUUUCCCCACAUGGUAUACUGACUCAAGCUAAUCUGCAGAGAGAAACUGUGGCGGAAGAUGCAGUUCCCUCAGCAUUGUGUGGAAGAUCAGAGCCUGUAAAUGAAAACCUUGAUAAUGCGGAUAUGUGUUCUGAGAUGUCAUAUGCUUCUGCAUCAUCAGACUUCAAUGAUAAUAAGCUUUCAGUAGCUUCAUUCAUGUCUGCUGAAUCAGGAUUUGAUAGAGGUAGUCAAUCCUCAUUUGAAUCUGAAAUUGGGGCAUCGCCACAUGAUUAUGACGACAAGUUUUCAGACCCGGGAAACAAUGACAUGAUGAGCUUCUCUAGUUAUCCCGUUAGUGUUUCCUCCUUGUCUGAACCUGAAGAUGAGUUGAGAAUAGAGUUAGAAGUGAUUGAACAAAAGUAUCAAGAGGCAUUGAAAAUUUUAUCUGAAAGCAAAAACCAAGCCAUCAUGGAGAUUAAAAGGAGAAUGUUAGGGAAGAUGGUAUCAUAGAAUAAUUUUUCUGCUGUCUUUUUUUCUAGUACAGAUUUUCCCUUUUUUGGAUUUUGUUUUUGGGGAUAUAAAAGAUUUUACUAGUAUUUUUGAUAGUUCCUUUUGUAUCCCCUCCUUUCUUCACACAUCCAUGAAGUAGCAAGUGUAAAUACCGCAGUGUGGAUUAUCAUGCCCUUUUAUUAUGGCAGGAUAUUUAUUUUUUAGUGCCAAUUACCAAUUUAAUUUUAAGUUAUCCUUUGC